AUGGGCAACCAGCCGUCAAAGGGCGAGAAGGGCUCGCAAGACGGCCCUGAUCUCAGCUCAUAUCCCUCCUUCUCAAAGUCCGACACGCAGGGCUCCACGCGUUCUUUCCGCGGCUCCAUUCGCUCAAAGAUCCCCUCAAAGAUCUCCACUGAUAACCUGAAGGGCUCGUCAUCGUCGCUGGCCUCGCCUAAGAGACAGUCAGAGCCGAACAUCGACACUUCCGCCAGCCAGUCGAUACCCACUUCCAAGCACAAGCGCUCUCCUUCGGCACCCUCGCUAUCCGAGACUUCGCGUCGAGGCAGCGGAGCGAGCAAUGACCAAGACGCUGACGCCGAUGAUCAAGACGAUGCUCAAGCUCCUCCCUCCCCCACUCUCUCAUCCUCCAUCGGUCAUGGUCAUUCCGACAUCACGAAAGCCCAGCGAUCUGGCGAAGUCGAGCACGUCUCUGAUGCUCCUCCUACCGGCACUCUGCAGCACAACAACCUUACCGAGCCUAAGGAGUCCAUCUUGAUGAAGAAGGCUGAUCACAAGCCCAGCGCCGCCGCCGCAGCUCUCGCGCUAUCCGAAGGUUCGGCUUCAUCCAUGGACAUCGGCGUUCUCAAGACGUCGGACUUGGAUGAAAUGAUCAAGCGUUUGAUCGACGCCGGAUACGCCGGCAAGGUUACCAAGACUGUGUGCCUCAAGAAUGCCGAGAUCUUUGCCAUUUGCCAGGCCGCUCGCGAGGUCUUCCUAUCCCAGCCUGCCUUGUUGGAGCUUGCACCUUCAGUCAAGAUUGUGGGUGACGUACACGGCCAAUACACCGACUUGCUGCGCAUGUUCGAGAUGUGUGGCUUCCCUCCCAACUCCAACUACCUCUUCCUGGGCGACUACGUUGACCGUGGCAAACAAAGUUUGGAAACCAUUCUUUUGUUGCUCUGCUACAAGCUGCGCUAUCCUGAGAACUUCUUCCUCUUGCGUGGUAACCACGAAUGUGCCAAUGUAACGCGUGUCUACGGCUUCUACGACGAAUGCAAGCGUCGUUGCAACAUCAAGGUCUGGAAGUCAUUUGUCGACACUUUCAACUGCUUGCCUAUCGCCUCUAUCGUUGCGGGCAAGAUUUUCUGCGUGCAUGGCGGCCUGUCGCCUAGUCUGUCACACAUGGACGACAUCCGUAACAUUGCAAGACCGACCGAUGUUCCUGAUUAUGGGCUGCUCAACGAUCUGCUAUGGAGUGAUCCGGCAGACAUGGAGAAUGACUGGGAAGCCAACGAGAGAGGCGUCAGCUACUGCUUUGGCAAGAAGGUCAUCAUGGAGUUCCUCGCCAAACACGAUUUUGAUCUGGUUUGCAGAGCGCACAUGGUGGUUGAAGAUGGAUACGAGUUUUUCACCGACCGAGUUCUGGUGACUGUGUUCUCCGCACCAAACUACUGCGGAGAAUUCGACAACUGGGGAGCCGUCAUGUCUGUAUCUGGUGAGCUUCUGUGCAGUUUCGAGCUGCUGAAGCCCCUGGAUUCGAGUGCUCUAAAGCGACACAUUAAGAAGGGCCGAAAUGAACGCCAAAACAUGCUGAACAGUCCGCCUGCAAGUCAAUAUCCUCAGAGUUAUUAA